AUGCCUCCCUCCAACCCAGAUCUCAUUCUCCGUGAUGUCAAUAUCCUCGGCCAGCUCAAUGAUAAGACUCGCCAGAUCCUGAACAAAGAUGCCGCAGUCUUCCUAGCCCUCCUACACAGAACUUUCAAUGAGCGACGGAAGGCUCUUCUCGAACGCCGUCAGAUUCGUCAGGCUGAGCUUGACAAAGGCAACCUUCCCGAUUUCCUCCCAGAGACCAAGCAUAUCAGGGACAAUGAUGCCUGGAAAGGAGCACCACCAGCCCCUGGCCUGGUGGAUAGGCGGACCGAGAUCACCGGUCCCACGGAUAGGAAGAUGGUUGUCAAUGCUCUCAACGCCGAUGUGUGGACAUACAUGGCUGAUUUCGAAGACUCCAGCGCCCCAACAUGGGACAAUAUGAUCAACGGACAGCUUAACCUGUACGACGCCAUACGCAGGCAAGUAGACUUUAAGCAAGGCGAGAAGGAAUACAAACUACGCACUGACCGUAAGCUACCGACUCUCAUUGCGAGAGCUCGAGGAUGGCACCUCGAGGAGAAGCACUUCACUGUGGACGGAGCUGCCAUCUCCGGUGGGCUUUUCGACUUCGGUCUCUACUUCUUCAACAACGCCAAUGAGCUUGUAAAGCGUGGCGCAGGCCCAUAUUUCUACCUUCCAAAGAUGGAGUCACACUUGGAGGCACGUCUCUGGAACGAUGUGUUCAACUUCGCCCAGGACUACAUCGGCAUGUCCCGUGGAACCAUUCGUGGUACUGUUUUGAUCGAGACUAUCAUGGCUGCUUUCGAGAUGGACGAGAUUAUCUAUGAACUCCGUGAUCACAGUUCAGGUCUAAAUUGCGGUCGCUGGGAUUAUAUCUUCAGUGUUAUCAAGCGCUUCCGCCAAAACCCCAACUUCGUUCUACCAGACCGAUCUGCCGUGACCAUGACCGUUCCUUUCAUGGAUGCCUACGUACGCCUUCUAAUUAAGACCUGCCAUAGACGACAAGUCCAUGCCAUGGGAGGCAUGGCUGCCCAGAUCCCAAUCAAGAAUGACAAGAAAGCCAACGACCUCGCUAUGGACGGCGUCCGCGCCGACAAGCUCCGCGAAGUACGCGCUGGCCAUGAUGGAACCUGGGUCGCACAUCCUGCGCUUGCUGAGAUUGCCAACGAGGUCUUCAAUACCCACAUGCCAACCCCAAAUCAACUCUUUGUACGUCGUGAGGAGGUCAAUGUUACACGUAACGACCUUCUGAACAUGAACGUACCGGGUAAGAUAACUGAAGAGGGCAUUCGCAAGAAUCUGAACAUCGGGCUCGGAUACAUGGAGGGCUGGCUGCGCGGGGUGGGCUGCGUGCCGAUCAACUUCCUAAUGGAAGAUGCGGCGACGGCGGAGGUCUCCCGCAGUCAGCUGUGGCAGUGGUGUAAGCACGGAAGCGCGACGGCGGAGGGUGUCAAGGUCACGCCGCAGUAUGCACUCAAGUUGUUACAUGAGCAGUCUAAAGAGCUGGAGAGCAGGGCACCUAAGGGCAACAAGUUCCAACUUGCGGCAAAGUACUUUGAGGGCCAAGUGACUGGACAGGACUAUGCAGAGUUCUUGACAUCACUUCUCUACAACGAGAUUACAAACGUGGGUUCUCCUGUCGGCGCAGCCAAGUUAUAG